AUGGCCGAAAAGAAGCGCAAGCUCGAAACUCCCGUCGACGACGUCGCCGCUGCCGAACCCGAGGGAAAGAAGGCCAAGCGGGAGUCGAAGAAGGAGGGAAAGAAAGAGAAGAAGGAAAAGAAGCGCAAGGAGAAAGACGCUGAUGCCGUGAACGAGGUUGAGGAGACCAAGGUGAAGGAGAAGAAGGAAAAGAAAGAGAAGAAGGAGAAGAAAGACAAGGAAGAGAAGAAGGAGAAGAAAAACAAGGAAGAAAAGAAAGAGAAGAAGGAUAAGAAAGAAAAGAAGGCGAAGAAAUCAAAGGAUGUAACCGACGAGGACGAAGAGAAACCCGCCGAAAAGACGAACGGCGCCGAUGCGCCAGAGCCAGAAGUCAGCCAGGAUACCCCGGACGCAAUGGACAUUGACGGCGAGGUAGAGGUAAAGGAUGAGAAGUCGGGAAAGGAAAAGAAGAAAAAGGACAAGAAGGCCAAGAAGGAGAAGAAGCAGAAGGAGCAGGACCAGGAGCAAGGAAAGCAGCAGACAGAGGAGAACGCCGAACAAGAAUCAAGCCAGCCUGCUCCAAAGCAAAAGGCCGCCCGCUUCAUCGUCUUCGUUGGAAAUCUCCCCUACUCUGCCAACACCGAGUCCCUGACAGCACACUUCGAGAAGAUACAACCGAUAUCCGUGCGAGUGGCGACGCAACCAGACAAGCCCACCAAGUGCCGCGGUUUCGGCUUCGUCGAGUUCGACAACUACGACCGGAUGAAGACUUGUCUGAAGCUCUAUCAUCACUCGUCGUUCGAUGACGGGAAGUACCCUCCCCGCCGGAUAAACGUUGAAUUGACUGCCGGCGGCGGUGGUAAAUCCGAGCACCGAAAGGCUAAGAUCGAGUAUAAGAACCAGAAGCUUACGGAGGAGAGGAAGCGCCAAGGUCAGGAGCUCCAGACAGAGAAGGUGAAGAAGCACAAGGCUGAGGAAGCACCGGGCGAUGACUAUGCGAAUAUCCACCCGAGUAGAAGACCUCGCAUGGCUUGA